CCGGGACUCGUCGUUUUUCCGCUUCAGAACAUAAGGCUUGCUCUGGGUCUGAUCGGGUACAAUAACAAACAGCAUAACAAUAACACAUAACUCAUAACACCACUCAACCACCACCCAGGAAAUACUCAACUUGAUCUACCAAACCUUUCGCUCUUCGAAUUGACCACCAAUUCGGAUUUCGUUCGGCUGGAGUGCUGGCGCAUGCUGUCAAGCAACCAUUGGUCGCUUUCGCAUUCAUAUGAUGUGAUGCCCAAGCCCAUGCUUUCCCUCUAGCAACCAGAACGCAACGCAGCCAUAAAGAGACUCACCUUCAACACCACCCGACCACCACUUCACCCUUGUAAGUUCCAGCUGCCACCCACACGAGCUCCCUACACUACGCAUACCCAACCUAGAGUAUGUUGCUCAAUACUUAGCCAUUCUCUUGUACAGAAUCCUCCCUACACAAGGGAAACAAAGUAUCCGUUCCUGCGGCCACGACAGUCCUCUCUCCUACAAACUCGAGAUGUCUGUUCCUUGUAAGAUACCCUACCCAACCUCCUCUAUGGCCCAGCGCAUACGGACCGAAGCUGAUGACAUGCAACCUAGUACUCCCCGCCGAACAUGCGCAAUACUCCGCCAUCAUUGAUGGUAUUCUAGCUUCGGGAAAUCUGGACACCAUUUCUACAAGCCAAAUUCGUAAAAGUCUCGCGGCGCAACUAGGAGUUGAUUUGACUGACAAGAAGGUAAAGCGCCCUCAUCCCCACCACCUGCAUGUAAGAAGCAGCAGCAGCGCUAACAUGUGAGUCUCAGAAUGCCGUCAAGGAACUCAUCAUUGCACGAUUUGAUUAUGCUUCAAGUCAAAUCCAAGCUGCGCCUGCGCCAACGAACGGUCAUUCAAGUGUCAAGAACGAAGUGAAAUCCGAACCUCCUACCGCCAGCUCUGCGAGUAUCAGUCCCGACAUUUCCACCCCUUCCGCGAGCAAGGAAGAGUCAGAAGAGGAGGAUUUUACCCCACCAAAGAAGAAGCGAAAGCAAAACAAGGAGGUAGACGAUGCGAAAUUAGCGGCGCUUCUACAGGCACAGGAAAAUAGCAGAGCUAGACCUACCAGAGGUGGCGCAAAUCCAAAGAAGAAGGCCCCCGUAAAAAAGAAGACACCAAAAAAGAAGAGUGAGAAGAAAGUCAAGGCCGAGGAUGAUAGUGAUAUGGAAUUGGAUAGUAAUGGCGAGGUCAAGGAGAAGCCAAAGAAAGGUGGAUUUCAUGUGAGUUCUUGCUGCUUGUCGAUUUUGGUUCAACAACUAAACUUUUUCUAGAAACAAUACAACCUUUCGGCACCUCUUGCGGAUCUCGUAGGCGAAGCCGCAGUAAGUGAUCCAUGUUCAGUCAUACCAUUUCUACACCAAACUAAUGCACCACAGCUCUCGAGGCCUCAAGUAGUAAAGAAGAUCUGGGAGUACAUCAAAGCAAAUGAUCUCCAAGACCCAUCGGAUAAGCGCCAGAUCAUGUGCGAUGACAAGCUACAGUCCAUUUUCAAAACCGACAAAGUACAUAUGUUCACUAUGAACAAGUUGUUAGGAAAACAACUCUACGAUAUUGAAGAAGAAUAAACUCAAUCUGACACACAGGAAUGGAAGGGAUUUGCGGAGCGUGUGCUUUGGUUUAAUGGCCUCGCCGGUGUCCUCUGAGCGUUGAAUACUCAAUGGCAGACUGUAUGAAGACCGCCCGGGCGUUGCAUAUUUUAAGGGAUUGGGGCUUGGAUCUGGCAAGGAGUUUUUUUUACUUUGCAUGGCAUGGCUGGAUAGGAUGGACGGAUGGUUGAAUACUGGGUAAGGGGUUCAUAUGGGAGGAGACCUGAGCUUGCUUUGAUGGAUUCUUCAAAAAUCCCAGCCAAGGAAUAAAGUAAUGCUUUCACAAUAGCCAGAGCAAUUAUUGACACCUGGAUUGUGAUGGUUGAGAAGGUGAGUUGGGAUGGAUCUAAUAUCUAUGGGUACUUAUAAGAUUUAUCUACUGUACCUACCAGCAGCUGCCUUGUGCUACACACGUGGAUUCCUCUCACUACCUCCCUCUUUCAGUAAGAGGAUACGACUUUACAGUGAAUGUGACUCUAUUUCUUGUUUAUAUGCUUCGUAAGCACAAAAGUCAAUUAGUUUGACUCCUUGCCGAAUAUUUUUCUUAGCGCCACUUCUUCGCAAAUUCUUCUAGAAUCCUUUUCGACUCAUACUUGGUAAUACUGUACUAGCGCAAACGAAGCCGAUGCCGCGAAUCAAGAAGCUGAACCCCGCCAUUUCGUCGCCCCACCUUGUUUGCCGCUGAACUUCAAAUUAUCAACACACCUUCUCAACAGCUUCCCGUUGUUACGAAUACAUCAAUUAGCUACCACCACCACUCACCCCGCGGAAAUCGGGACACGAGCUCAGUCGCUUUAUCAAUACAAAUCAGCUACAAAAGCUGCGGAAUAUAAUUCGAUUGGGGGAUCUAUAGGAGCUGAGGCAAUGGCAUCUGAAGGACCGGGGAGCUCGAGCAACGAGGCGAGGCAAGGGGAUGGUGCCAGAGGUGAGAGGGGGAGAGGACGAGGUCGAGGAAGAGGUCGAGGAGGGGGAGGAGGCGACGGCCAGGGACUAUCGAAUUCCAAUUCAUCGGGGGCUCAAUCGCAAAGGGGUAGACGAGGGGGGCUAUCCCAAGCUCAGAAGAAGGCGCAGAGUAAACGACCGGAGGUAGUUGAUGAAGCGCAGAAGCUGGCGAAGGAUGGGAAGGGUGUGGAGGAGGAUGUCGAGGCAGAGGUGUGCUUUAUUUGUGCGAGUGAUGUGGUGCACAAUGCUCUUGCGCCUUGUAAUCAUCGGACUUGUCAUAUUUGUGCGUUGAGGAUGAGGGCGCUGUAUAAGUCGAAGGAUUGUCCGCAUUGUAGGGUGGGUUAUCCAUAUUCAUAUCUCUUGUUUAUGAAGGAAGGGGGAGAGAGUUGCUAACUAUUGUAGACUCCUGCGCCGUUUGUUAUUUUUACAGAUGAUCCGGUCAAGCGAUACGAAGAUUAUACCGAUGCUGAUACGCCGGUUAAUCUGACGGAUGAGAAUAUCGGUAUUCGAUACGAGAAUAAUGAUAUGCGAGAGGAUACGAGAUUGUUAUUGCGAUACAAUUGUCCCGAUGAAGAUUGUGAUGUUGCGUGUAUGGGAUGGCCCGAUUUACAUCGUCAUGUCAGAAAUGUCCACCACAAGGAAAUCUGCGAUUUGUGCUCACGGCACAAAAAAGUCUUUACGCAUGAGCACGAUCUUUAUACCAAGGCCGAACUACAUAAUCAUAAUCGAAAAGGAGAUGAUAAUCCGGGAGCUAUUGAUCAGAGUGGAUUCAAGGGUCAUCCGUUAUGUCAAUUUUGUGGAUUGAGAUUUUAUGGGGAGGAUGAACUUUAUGUUCAUUGCAGAGAGAAGCAUGAGAGAUGUUUUAUCUGUGAUAGACGGAAUGGACCACCGCAGUAUUAUCAAAACUUUGAGGCUCUGACGGUACAUUUUAGGAAAUCACAUUUCCCGUGUAUGGAGCGGGAAUGUGUGGAGCAACGAUUUCAGGUCUUUGAGACGGAACUGGAUUAUAAAGCUCAUCAACUGAAAGAGCAUGGAGAUUCUCUGUCAAAAGAUGUGAGGAGAGAUGCGAGAAAUGUUGAUAUUGCAUCUUUCGAUUAUAGAGCUCCUUAUACGCAAGAGAGAAGAGGUGGUGGAAGUCAGAGAGAGCAGAGAGAUGGUCGUGGACGAGGAAGAGGGAGAGAUCCGGAUGCGGAACCAAUACCUGCUUCAUCUGCUCAGCCGCUACGGCGGGAUGAACAGGCAUUUCACAGACAGAUGGCUAUUCAGAGCGCCCAAUCUGUCACGACUCGAACUUUUGGAGGUCAAUUGACAGCACCAACUCCAGCGCAAUCUCGGGCCCCUCCGGUACAAGAACCACAAAGAAAUGCACCACGUCCUUCGACGAGUGUUAAUACAGUCUCAGAAGGUAUAGGAAAUCUUGAUCUAUCAUCGACAAACCUAUCAUCACAGGAGCAAGCCCGACAACUUCGGCAUCGAGUUGUGAUUGAACGAGCUUCGACUAUGCUUCAAAGCGAUCAAGCGAAACUAGAUCAAUUCCGCAACUCAAUAUCAUAUUUCAAGACCAAUGCAAUCACAGCAGCAGCUCUUAUCGAGAAAUUCUUUGCAUUGUUUUCUGAUACCACCUCUAGUGCUCUUGGAACACUGAUUCGGGAGGUUGCGGAUCUUUAUGAAGACAAAGCUAAAUCAAGUGCGCUUCAAACAGCAUGGAAUGACUGGCGAGCCAUCAACGAAGAUUACCCAUCUUUACCAGUGACCGGCAACAACAAUGGAUCACUACCACUCGGUUGGUCGUCCAAAGUCACAACUGGGGGUGGAUCUUCUUCCUCUUCAGGCCAACCAUCAACCGCUAAAUCAACCCGAGUCCUGAAACUCAAAUCGUCCACCGCACAAUCCUCACGCUCCAGCCAAGUCGUCUCCCAGAAUCGAUCCUGGGGCGGCUCCUCCUCCUCCUUAACCGCCCCUACUUCAUCCAGCACCAACGCUUUCCCUACCCUCUCCCCCGCCGCCGGCUCCGCCACCCGACAAGGCAAAGGAACCGUCACAACCGUUCCUUGGAUUCAAACUCCACCCACCGCCUCGGGACCCUCGUCCAACCCCUCCUCGGCCCCUACCUCGCGUCCUGCAUCGAGGACUGCGCCUAGGAAGGGUGCCGGUCCGGGAACGGACGCGUUUCCGGCGCUUCCCAAGGCGGCGAAACCGCAAACUUCGAUUUUUGGGUAUGGGAGUGGGAUGGUGAGGAGGGAUCUGGGGGAUGGGGGGAGGGCGAAUGGGUUCUCUUGGGGGGAGCAGAGUGGAAAUUUGGGUGUUGGUGGGGAGNGGGAUGGUGAGGAGGGAUCUGGGGGAUGGGGGGAGGGCGAAUGGGUUCUCUUGGGGGGAGCAGAGUGGAAAUUUGGGUGUUGGUGGGGAGGGGGGUGGAGAUGA